UGCGCGUUGUAAAGAAAAAGAACGCGCUAGGUUCUCCUCAGUCCUCACCCCCAUUACUCCGGUGCCGGCUGCGGCGGAGACAAUAAACGCUAACGGAAGGUAUCGAUCCUGGUUCUCACAAUCUCACCUCACCUUCAUUCCCUCAAAAGUAACCCUAGCCUCCUCCACCGCCGCCGCUGUUCUUCUUACUGCUGCUGUCCAUCGCGCUCAAAAUCUUUGUCUGUCAUUCAUGCUCCAGCCUCUCUCCUCAUUAGCCAAUCUCCAGCUUCUUCGUCGUGCUCGUUGAGUCGGUGUGCUCCAAGUCUCCAAUCCCUCUUCCUGCUCACUCGCGCUUCGCCCGCCGUCCCUCGUCGUCUCGUCAACAUUAAAUUUCAAGUUUGGAAUUUAGCCCUACUGGCAUGCAUAAGUGUCAAAUAUUCAAAAUAAAUACAUCUAAGUAUCAACAAUUUCAGCAAAACAAGCAAUCCAGAGAAAAUCAUCAACAGAGUCAAGCAUUGUCAAAUCUUUCAGCAACAAUGAGCAGUUCAACAACAGUCAUCAAUAACAGUUCAGUCCCUGUUUGAGGUUGAUAUUAAGCAACUUCCAGAAUAGAUUGAUAUUAUGGAAGUAAUUUUGGUUUUCGAAUCACACUCUCCAUUGGAGGCUCUUUUAGUUCGCGCGCACAACACAUUAGCCUCACUAGCUUGUAGCCCCUUUCACCUCAUCUUCUAUGAUGUUCUUCUUCCUCUUCACUUUCUUUUCUAGUUUCUCUUUCUAUCUUCACCUUCUAACUUUAGCAACCAAAUAACACAAAUAUAAGAUGACACUCUACAUGCCAUUGUUCAGGACAUGUUCUACAUUAAGAUCACUCACCCAGCUCCAUGCCCACCUUAUCGUAACUGGACUCCACAACGACCCACUUCCCUCCACAAAGCUCAUUGAGUCAUAUUCUCAAAUGGGUUCCCUCCAUUCAUCAAGGCUCGUUUUUGACACCCACCCAUCUCCUGAUUCCUUCAUGUUAGGUGUCCUCAUCAAGUGUUAUCUCUGGAACCACCUUUUUCACCAAGUGGUUUCACUCUACCAUAGUCACAUUCACAUGGGUAGCUUCGUUUUUGUGUACCCUUCUGUUCUGAAGGCUGUCUCUGGUGUUGGGGACUUGGUUACCGGAAGAAAGGUCCAUGGUACGGUGAUUAAGUCCGGCCUCGAAGCAGAUGCUGUAAUUGGAACCUCGUUGUUGUGUAUGUAUGGUGAAUUGUGCUGUUUGGGUGAUGCCCAGAAGGUGUUCGAUGAAAUGCCUGAGAGGGACUUGGUUUCGUGGAGUUCUGUUAUCUCUUGUUAUGUUGAGAAUGGAAGGCCCAGUGAAGGGUUGAAGAUGUUUCGCCGGAUGGUUUCGGAGCAAAUUAGUCCUGACAAGAUCACUUUGCUUAGUGUAGCCGAAGGUUGUGCUAAAGUUGGUUGCCUGAGGCUGGUGAAAUCAAUCCACGGGUAUGCAAUUAGAAGUGACAUGGUUGGUGAUGCCAGUUUGAGUAAUGCACUUAUCAUUAUGUAUGGCCAAUGCGGUCACUUGCGAAGAGCAGAAGGGCUCUUUAAAUUCGUUGCUGAUCGAAGUACUGCCUGUUGGACUUCUAUGAUUUCGUCCUAUAAUCGAAAUGAGUGCUUUAGAGAAGCACUUGCGAGUUUUAUCCUGAUGCAGGAGUCACAAGUGGAACCAAAUGCAGUGACAAUGAUUAAUGCUCUGUAUUCAUGUGCUAGAUUAGGCCGGUUGAAAGAGGGGAAGUCAGUUCAUUGCUUUAUUUUAAGAAAAGCAAUGGAUUUAGGAGAUCUUGAUCUCGGUCCUCCGCUAGUGGAGUUUUAUGCUGCAUGUUGGGAACCAAGUAGUUGUCAUAAACUUCUUUAUAUAACUGAAAAUAUUGUGUCAUGGAAUAUACUUAUAUCGUUUUAUGCUAGGGAGGGUUUACAUGACAAUGCAAUGGUACUCUUUGCUAAUAUGUUGGGUAAGGGGUUAAUGCCGGACUCAUAUAGCCUAGCAAGUUCUAUUUCAGCAAGUGCGGGCAUUGGUUCGAUAGAAUUCGGACAGCAGAUACACAACCAUGCCUUGAAAAGAGGCUUCAUAGAUGAAUUUGUUCAGAACUCCUUGAUAGACAUGUAUUUAAAAUGCGGCUUUGCAGACUUGGCAUACCUGGUUUUUGACAAGAUUACAGAAAAAAGCAUUGUGACAUGGAACUGCAUGAUUUCUGGGCUUUCUCAGAAUGGGCUUUCGGUAGCAGCACUCAAACUAUUUGAUCAGAUGUACUUCAAUUGUCUGAAAAUUGAUGAAGUAACCUUGUUAUGUGCAAUUCAAGCUUGUUCCAAUUUGGGCUAUCUUGAGGAGGGAAAAUGGAUUCAUCAUAAGAUCAUUGUAUUUGGUGUACAGAGUGACCUUUAUAUUAAUACAGCUUUGAUUGAUAUGUAUGCCAAAUCUGGAGACCUUCAAACAGCCAAACAAGUUUUCGAUAUCAUGCCAGAGAAAAGCGUGGUGACAUGGAGUGCCAUGAUUGCUGCUUAUGGUGUACACGGUCAAAUGAUUGCGGCUGGUUCACUCUUCACAAAAAUGGUAGAGUCAGGCAUCAGACCAAAUGAAGUAACCUUCAUGAAUAUCUUAUCUGCAUGCAGGCAUGCUGGAUCAAUGGAGGCUGGAAAAUUCUAUUUCAACUCGAUGAGGGAUUAUGGCAUAGAGCCUAACAUAGAACAUUUUGCCUCUAUAGUCGACCUCCUAAGCCGCGCUGGCGAUCUUGAUGGAGCGCACAAAAUAAUUAAAUCAAUGCUCUUCCCUAUAGAUUCUAGCAUAUGGGGAGCUCUACUUAACGGAUGCCGAAUUCACGGUAGGAAAGACCUGAUUCGACAAAUCAACAAAGACCUUCAAGAAAUAAGCACAGAUGAUACAGGGUACUAUACGUUGUUAUCUAAUAUAUAUGCCGAAGGAGGAUACCUCCAAGAAUCCAGAGCGGUGAGAACAAAGAUGGAAGGGAUGGGACUAAAGAAGGUUCCUGGGUAUAGCACCGUUGAGGUUAAUAGGAAAAUCUACAGAUUUGGAGCUGGGGAUGCUUCUGAAUGUAGAGAAAUUUACAUGUUUGAAGAACACUUACGAAGUUUGGGACAACUAUGUGACAUAGAAGGAUAUAAUAGUAUAUUUUCUGAGGAUUAUACUGUUAAGAGCUUGCAGAGAAAAGCUAGUAGUUAUAUUUGCAAUAAAUUGGUCACACUUUAGAAAUAAUGGCAUACUUUAAAAACUUAAGGACCUUUUCCAAAACCUUUUAGAAGUAGAGUCAAAUUUAACC